AUGCAGACGCCAGCGCACGAUUGGCCAGAUCAGGUAUAUGACAAGCACUCUUGGGAUUGCGAUGACCAACCACAUAUGCUGGUGAAUGAAGCCAGAUUUUUGAGAAAUGUCUACCAAGUAUAUUCCGGAAGUCUGCGCAUCUCAGGAUGCGUGCCCACCCCCAUGACCUACAAGUAA